AUGGACGAACAAGAGCCUUCUGGGACCAACUCUGAAGCUUCCAGCAGUAUGUUUCCCUAUAAAACAGUAAUAUUCAUCUAUAUUUUCCUCAAAUUUGAGUUUUUUGAACUAAUAGUUCAUGUAGGUGCUGACAACAAUGCUUCCUCAAGAACUGAAACAUCUUCACCAGAAAUGCUCGCCGAAGUUGUGUUUCUGACCACAUCUCUGGGAAGUGUAAAGAAACAGUUUUUUGAAUCGAACAGAGCGAAACACCUUUUGGACUGCAAAGGACUGGUAUACUACUUAAUCGACACUAACAAGGAGAUCUCUGACGCCACUGGGUGCAAGGACAUGGAGCUGUUUGACUCAUGGAAGUCUGAAGGAUUUUUGAGACUAACCAAGGACGAAUUCGGAAAUGACUCAGUUGUUCUCCCUCAAAUUAUAAUUGAUGGGUACUCCGUUGGAGAUAACAAGUUCCUCCAGGACUUGGAGGACGACGGUGACUUAGAUUACAUUGUGGCAAGGAUCCUGUGCCCUUGCUGUCUCAAUGAAAAGGAGCCGGACGUUAUAACAUGCCCGAAAUGCAAUGUAGAGUACAGAAACAUCAUUCCUGACGAAUACGUUGAUACGCCAUAUGUUCGCAGGUUUUGUCAAGGCAGUCCAUGUUAG